AUGGGGGACGCGGCGAUAACUACCCCCACGAACAAGCCUAUCGAGCUACCGAAAACCAACGUUACUCCCACCCGAGAGUGUAAAGCGUCGAAUGCAGAGUUUGCGCCGGAUGAAAGGUUCGUGGUCGAUUAUUCACCUCAGUGGCAGGAUCUGAAAUCAGUCGUCUGUAGCAUUGCGCCAUCCGGGGACCCAGUUACCCCCAACAGAGAGUCUGACAAUCCCAAAACUGGGUCUACCCCCCAAUCCAAGGGUUUGGCGUCGAAUGCGGAACAUGCCACGGACGGAAGGCUUGCUCAAUCCGUGAUACUGCUUAUGGAAGAAGACUUGAAGAGCGCGCUAUAUACCCAGUUGAAGGAGAUGCUCACUGCGUUUUUGUGGAAGAUGCGGAAGGACACACCCAAAUUCGAUGCCUCAAAUGAGUUCAACGCAUUCCUGGACGAAUCGGUCCGGUUUUGCAACAGCAACAGCGCCGAGGCCGAAGACGUGAAAGCCAGCAUUAUUCAGGCAAUGAAAUGUUCGACCGAACAGGACCGCUAUCCCCACCUGACAUACGCUCUCAACAACAUCUUGAAGUACGGCCGAGGGAAGAUGAUUGGGUCAUUUGACCACGUUUACAAUAAGGACGAAUCGAUUAUGGUCGUGAACGACCCCGACAUCUUGGAAUGCGAAGCCUUAUCCAAAUGCACCGAUUACAAGCCGAAGCGAAAGCCCGACCUGAUUCGCAUGCCGAUACAAGCGCUGGGACGAAUCGUGGAGCGCCCCCACGAGGACUUCGACGUCUGGUUCACGCAACUUGCCAAAUCGCACGAAACCUCCCAAAACGGAUUGAAGAAAGGGAAGGUACAUUGGAAGGAUCCCAUCGAUUGUUGGGAGAUCAAGAAGGGAGGAGACCCAGUGUCCGACGAUAAGCUUACGCGCCUGACGGACAAGCAAUACCAAUUCACAGCUAAAUGUGCUGAUGAACGACCCUUCGACAGGGCGAGCGUCCCCGCGAUUACACCGAGUUCGCGUCCUUCAGCCCCACCGCCUUCUUCCACCGGGAAAGAUUCUCGUAGUCAAACUUCAGUCAAAUCUUCUGGAGGGGUCAAACGACCGCGGACAGAGAAACUGACCAGUAGCGCUCGCAAGAGGCCCAAAAUAGAACCAGAACCUCUCUGCCUCCGUCUAAAAGCGGAAACCCAGGCCGCCUUCUAUGGGCUCGAGCUAAUGCGAGCGAGGUGGAACCGCACCCAUGCUAUCGUCGUCCUUCUGGAAGGCAAUAAACUAUCCCUCCACUGGUACGACCCACAGGGAUGCAUCAGAACCCAUCCUAUCGACAUCGUCAGCCAGCUUCCUCUCCUUGUCGCCAUGAUGCUCAUCUUCCAGCGCUUCGACGAUCGGAUGCGUGGCAACGGCAAGUUCCAGUUGAACAUCGAUGUCGACGGGGAGACAGUCCCACACACCCUCGACGACUCGGAGAUCCACAAUCGCUGGAUGUUCAAAGGUCGCCGUUCGGUCAGUGGGAAGCUGUUCCCGCACGGAAAGAUACCACCACCGAAGUCAGAAUCACGCAGCUCUCGGACGACCCGCAGCAAUGCCAACCCCGCGGCCAACGAUGUACCCUCGAAUGAGGAGGGGGAACUGUUUGGCAAAUUCUUGUGGCGUGAAGAGGCCCGGUACACUGAAGGAGUCAUCAUUGAGACUGCCCUGAAGAGGGCCGAACGACACCUCGGCGAACACAAGAAACAUGUCAUCGACCACCUCCCUUGCGUAAAAACCUGCACCGAAUUUUCCGACUUUUCGACCAAGCACAUCCGAAAUUUCCUGAACCUACCUUCCCAAGGUGCUCGGGUGCCAACUGGAAUAGCUGCUGAAUGGUUGCUUCCAAGUGCCGAACUCACAGACCCGGAGGAGUACGUUCGUGCUAUCUGGCAGCUCAUUCGAUGCAAUUUCCUACUGUGGCAACUCGGGAUCGCGCACGGCGAUAUCAGCAUGACGAACCUCAUGCUUCGCCCGGGCAGUGGUAGCGUUCAGGCUGUUCUAAAUGACUUCGACUUGGCGGCGAUCAUGACCCCAGGAAAUACUUCCCCCGAGAGGAAAGGUUUCGAGCGGACGGGAACCAUACCCUUCAUGGCGGUCGAGCUCUUGCGGGCCACGAAUGGAGAAGUCAAGCGCCUUUGGUGCCACGAUUUUGAAUCCUUCCUCUGGUGCAUGGUGUGGUACUGCUCGCCGGCGGUGCGGAGCACCUGGGACUCAGGCACCGCUCUCCAAGUGGGCAACGAGAAAUUGGGCUGGCUCGCCUCCGAGCCUUACACAAGUAGAAGUAAAGACACCACCGUUGCCGAAGCAGCCAAGCGUAUUUGGACGUCGCUGAGGAAACUCUUUCGCGGUUGGGACUACAGCUUCUUCACUUUUGGUCAGGAGAACACUGGGUGGGAGGAGCAACUCGCGUUCCUGCAUAGAUUGGUCGAGCACAUGUCAGAGUACGAUUCAUGCGAGGAUCGGAGCUGGUUGGAGUUUCGGGGAAAGCCAUCCAUGCAGUGCGUGUGUAGUCCUCCCUCCUCUGUUAUUCCCUGUUCGACCUGUAUUUGAUUUGUAUAUAUGUAAUGUUUCCGGUCAAAUUCCUCGUGUUCGAUGGAAACGUUGAGAGUCCGUAGCGUUAGGUCCUGUUCACUAUUCUUC